GAGUUUUGACGUUUCAUAAACAGAAAUGGAAGAGGAGGGCAUAUUAUGCGAGUGUUGAAUUUUUGUACGACGGAUUUCUUCGCUUGUUUUGGAAUCGUCGCCCAGGAGAAGUGUUUUCCCGUGCCGUGGACCCGACCGCGGGUCAGCUAUGUAAAGACAUUUUGAACCGUGUGGUGUGAGCAGCAGUGCCAUUUGUCCCAGGGUGCCCCCGCGGAACAAGCCCCCUAGGAAAAUCGCGCCGCGCACACACGCCAAAAAGUGGUGCCCGAACGAAACGAAACGAAAGUGGCGUUUGCGAGGCAAAACUGAAAAAAACGCCAACAGAAGGACAAUUUUUGUGACCCCUAGAGUGUGUGAGAGCGCGGAGUUGGGCAGGAUGUGGCCGCUCAAGCUGGACAUGACCCGGGACGAGAGCCGCGGGAUGUUGCGUCGGUUGGAACUGGACACGUACUCCAGCGUGAUGAGUACGUUCCGGGCGCAGGGCGCGCUCUGCAAGGAGAAGGCACGCAUCCUCGAGGAACUGCGGAAGCUGCUGCACAUUUCGCAGGACCGCCACAAGGCCGAAGCGCGGCGGGUGGCCAACGACGAGCGGCUCACGACGGUGGCCGAAAUCAUUUCCGGCCCAAACAGCACCCAAGAUUGGAGCCGCGAAGGUCGCCGCACGUUCCCCAUCCUCCCGCGGACGGCCCCGUACACAGCCCUGUCCUACAUCGCCAACACGGUCUGCGAGCAGAUAACGCGCGAAAACAGCAAACUUCCGCACCCGUUCGAGACCUCACAGAACCGUCUCCAGAAGGAGCAACAACAGGAAGAGGAACGCAAGCAAAAGCUGCUGCUGGAACAGGCAAAGCUGGCCCAAGCUGCGGUUCCGAUUGAAAUUAAGGAGGAGGCGGACGAACCGAUGGUCGCGGCAUUACCAGCUGCAGCGCCGGUUGCGGAACCUGCUCCGAAUGUGGUGCACCCCCCGGUCGUAACGGCUGAUCCGUUUGUCGAGGCCGCCAACAAGAGUUACAUCAACAAUGAUCUGAAGCGAUCGUACCCGAUCGAUCCAUUGCCAGCGCUCAGCUCGCCGGUUCCGAUCGACGACGAUUCGCCGCUUAGGAAGAAGCCACAGCUGUACCAGGAGCUGCAAAAGCAGGAACCGCUGAUGCCGCCGCAGUCACCGAUUGUGACCUUCCAUCAGCAGUUCCUAACGCAGCAGCAGCAGCAGCAGCAGAUCCCAGCAGUAGCAGCUGUAGCAGGUCCAAUGUCACCCCACAAGAACCUCACGUCGCCCAACAACUUUGGAAUGGCUCCGAUGGUGCCGAUGCCUCAGAACAUGAGUAACAACAACUUCAACAAUCCGAAACCGGCGCAGGGCAGAAACAGCAAUAAAAAUACGGAACGACCCCGGAAGUCUUCCGUUUCGAAAAAGAACCAGAACAAAACGAAGACACCAUAUCAAACCAACAAACAGGCCGGCGGAAAGGCGAACAAGAAUUCGAUAGCACAAGCACAAAUGCAGCAGCAGCAGAUGAUGCCGGGAGGACCGAUCGUGGCCCCGGGAAAGAGCCAGAAGGGCAACAACAACAACAGUGCCAACAGUCCCCAUCUGAUCCACUCGUACGCGAGUCCACUGAUUCCGUACGAAAUCCCGCAACAGCACCAGCCCCAACUCGUGGGCGCUACCGCCGAAGUUCCCCACGAACCGCUGCAGCUGCAGAAGCAUCUGACCUCGAACGCCGUCUACCAGCCGAAUCAGCAGUACGGAAUGACCCCGAUCAAGUCGGCGCCGUACACGGGACCGUACCAGCAACCGAUGGCCAGCAUGCCGGCCCCGAAUCCGGUCUACGGACAGCAGCACCAGAUUCUGCCCUCGUCCAAGAAGGACAUCCAGUAUAAUCUCACCAAGCUGAACCCGACCAACAGCUCCAAGAACAACGUCAACAUCCCGCUGAAGCAGUCCGGCGGAUCGUCGUCGUCGUCGCUCAUGCAGGGCAAGGGUCAUCCGCUGUUCAACUAUCAGAAGAAAUCUCCCUCGAAGAAUGUGCUGAUUCCGACCUCGUCGGCGGCCGCGGCUCUGGCCAGUUUCGGCAUCCCCAAGAACAUUCAACCCCGGAAGGAUGUCCCGAAGUUCCGCGAGCCGGACCCGUCCGUCAACCCGGCGGACAUUCCCAACCCUAAGAUCAUCUUCUCGACGAGUCAUCACCAGGAACCGCAAGCGAUCGCGCCGAAAUCCUCCGGCAGCCAGAUCACGAUACUGGACCAGAUUACGCUGCAUCCACCGCACACGAUCGUACCGUCAACUUCCGUUGGCACCGGUCUUACCAUCACACCGUCGCAAACCAUCGGUCCGGUCACCCACAUAACUCCCGCAGCAGUGCCAUCAUCGCCCGGAACGUCCCCGUUGGCAACGGGUGGCAAGAUGAUCACGCCGCCCAUUGGCACGAUCCCCGCAAACAAACUGGUCACGAUAAAGGGGCCCAAUCUGGCCGGAUUCACCCCCGUAAAAAGCGGCAGCAAACUGUCCGUGCACAAGCUCCAGCUGAUGCCGAUCGGAGGUCAACCGGGUGGAAACAAGAACAACGUCAUCGUCCUGCCGGCCAAGGGAGGCACGCUGAACCCGGGCCAGAAGAUCACCAUCCCGCGAAGUAGUGUCACGAGCGUGGUCGACCCUGCCACGAUCAUCAGUCCACCGAAGGUGAUCGUCCAGCAGCAACCCGAUUUGAACAACAUCGUACUGCUGGAUCUGGCCUCGGAACAGAACAAGCUCAAAACAACCACCCAACCCAAGUCCGUCAUCACGGAGGACACUCCGGUGGACAUUGUCUCGACCCCGCUCGACGUCGUAACCGGAGCGGUCAAACUUCAGGAACUCAAGGGCUUCCUCUCGCCAGCAUCGUCUUCCGGAACGAGCACGACGGCAUCACCCCUCACGGAGAAGAUGGUCAAACCCCAGCAGCCCAACAGCAGCGCCUCGAAAGCGACCAAAUUCGAAGCCGACAGCACAGCACCAGGUCCUUCCGCCGUCCCAAUUCCGAAAAAGACAAAAGCAAACCAUCAACCCCGGGGAUCGACAAGCGUAGCCGCCCUAAGCAAGAAGACGAAAGCAACCACGGCCGCCGCCAGUUCGACAACCACCGCCGGAAGUGACCCCACCACCGCCCGUAACCCCGCCAUGAGCAGUUCCACCGACUGGGAACUCGAACUCGACCAAGCGAACCAAGCCACCAACACCAAGCACCCAACCCAACCCAACCCACCCCCAAAAGCCACCCAGAAAUCCAGCUCAAGAUCCACAAUCCCCUCCCUGCCAGUAACCAACCCCCCAAUCCCAAAAUCCACCACCGCAACACCCUCAACCGGCGCAACAUCCAAAAAGGCCGCCCAACCGCUCUCAUCAAGCUCGAUCAGUUCAACCUCGUCGAACGCGUCGUCCCCAGUGGUCGUCGAGCAGCAGGACGUCCAGCGGAUAGCAGCCGCAGUCCAGCAGCCCAGGGUCACGGCACCACCGCCGCCACCGGUCACGCCCGUCGCCCAGAAGAUCGUACUGCCGGCGGCGCUCACCACGACGACGACGAGUAGUCCACCGAACGAGCGCAGCAGCGACGACACGUCGGCGACCGAUUCCGCCAACGCCGAGGAAGAUCCCGACCCGGAGUACCCGGCGUUCCGGGAGGCCACCAGCGAGUCGGACGAUGAUUACGAGCACUUUAACGCGGUCAUCGAGGAGGAUCCGGACCCGGAAGAUGCCGAGGACAUCCACGGCGAGCGGGUUGAGAUUGUCAACGUUGGAUACGACACAUCCCGCGCGCUGAUCGCCGACCUGGAGGACACCUCCGGUGGAACUCCCACAGCCGCCACCGCCAUGAUCGUCGAAGAAGACGAUCGCAAUGGCGGCGGCACGAUCAACCCGUCGAGCAUGAACUUUGUGCAGUACAUCGAGGAGGCGGACGUCGGCGUCGGCGAGCUGGUGGUGGAUGCCAACGGCGGCGCCGCAGGGGAAUCGACUUCCGGUGCAAACGGAACGCGAAACAUCACCUUCGAGAUGGUGGAGAUCGACUCGGAGGGGAACAAGCACACGCGGACCAUGUCGUACGAGGAGGCGCUCGCCGAGGGCCACAUCACGACGGAGGAGGCGGACGUCAAGGGGGGAUCUUCCGGGAGUAGUAGUGGGGCAGCGGGGUUGGUGAAAGUGUUAUCAGACUUUACUUCUUAUAGUUUAAAAUCAUGAAAGAAAAAGAGAGCAAAUGGAACGUUUAAUUAUUUCUAAGCGUGCGUUUAAGCGUUGAAUAGUUUUAUGAACGAAAAUGUGUGAAAAAAGUUGGCGUGGUGCUUCCACAAAUGAAGCCACGAGGAAAAAGGCCCCCAAUCACGCUGUUCGUUUGUAAAUAACAUAAACACACCCUUUUUUGUAAAUAGUAGCGAAUUAAGAGGAGAUUGCGAAGUAAAAAAAAUGAAUAGAAACACACACACAUGAUGGUAUAAGAAGUCGUAGUUAAGCUAAACACACAACUUAGAUGUCGUCGUCGUCGUCGUCGUCGUCGUCGCGUAUAUUCUAUAGCAGUAGCAAUGUAGAAAAGUUCGAAAAAAAAAACAAUAGAAAUUGUGUGCACAUACAAGCAACUUUGAGCGCUAGGAUUAUUUCGCACAUCAUUCACUCACUCACAGCCCACAUUUAAAGCUGAGCGCGCAUAUUUUGAUUGAUUGUGAUUGUUAGUAGAACGAGAGAUCCCAGUACAUUAUAAUUACUGCAAACAUAUAUAAAUAUGACCCUAUUAUACAUGAAGAGUAAGGUAAAACUAAAUGCUGUCGAAAGUGGCGUGUACAGGCAACAGUUGGACGUACAAUUUAGGCAAUGGUAAAAUUAACAAGGAGAAAAAACAUCAGUUUAACGAAAAUUGAGCAUAGUUUUUUUUCUACUACUCUAGCUGGUAAGAUGUAUUAAUCUGUAAGGAAGGUUUUAAUUUCGCACUGACGCGCAGACCUGAUCGAACUACUUUUGUACCGCACUGAAAUAAAAAAAACUGAAAAAUAAAUUCGUUAUUUAGUCAGUCAACCCCCCUCACUUAAUGGAAAAACACACAAACAUUAACACGAGAAUAGAACAAAAAAGAGAAAGCGUGGCGUGCAAAUAAUAAUUAUUUACAACAAAAAUAAAACCACAAUAUUGAUUUCAAGAAACCCGGUGAGGAAAAGGAAACACAACACAAAAACAAUGAAAGGAAAAGCAUUAAACAUGAUUUUUAAAAACCAAUAUUUAUAUAUUGAUAUAGCGACAAACUCUACAAGUAGUGAAAGAAGAAAACCGGAAAAAGAUGUAUGAAAACAUUGUAGCAGAAGAUAAUGGAUAUUAUUGUACAUUUGAUCUUUUUGAAAAGAAAUAAAAUUUUAAUUAAUGAUAA